UCAAUAUACCACAAACCAUAAUACAAACACAAACAUGAAUGAAUUUCAUGCUCGGUUUAAACAACUUUUCCUUUAUCCAAAAAUCAUGGUAUUCACAGUAUAUAGCCUUACUUUUAAUGCAUUUCAAUCUCAAUCACCGUUAGCUGAUUGUGUAUUUGAACCUGUUAUCUGGAUAGUUGAUCAUUUUACUGGUAUGCUUGGAAGGGCACUGGUUAUUCUUGUAGUUCUCCUAACAUCAACUGUUGUUGUUAUAUUUUAUACAAAUGUCAUACCAAUUGUGCUGGAGUAUGAAAAUGUGGUUCUUAGUGCCUGUCAUUUAAUAUUUGGUCAUUGGUUAUUGUUGAAUAUUGUAUUUCAUUAUUAUAAAGCAGUUCUCACCAACCCGGGCCAUCCAGCAACAGGAGGAAAAGUUGCUGCACUGAAAGAUAUACAAGUUUGUACAAAAUGUAUGGAAGUUAAACCACCAAGAACUCAUCAUUGUAGUAUAUGUAAAAAGUGUGUUUUAAAGAUGGAUCACCAUUGUCCGUGGAUAAAUAAUUGCGUUGGACAUUUCAACCAUCGUUAUUUCUUUUUAUUUUGCGUCUACAUGUGUCUUGGGACGAUAUAUGUUUCACUGACAUUACUGCCAACAUUUUUUGAUCACAUAAAUUUCAUCGCUAGAGACAUUAUUAAGAGCUACAUUGUUGGAAAUAGUUCAAUUCCAUCCAAAGGACAAAACAAAUAUUUGCUAAGACCAAAAGUUGUUGAAAACAAAGAAGAAGACAGAGAAAGUAUUAAAAGUGCUGUUGUAUUUGAAUUUAUGCUAUGUUCGUGUGUUGCUCUUGCUGUCGGCGCCCUGGCUGGCUGGCAUUUUUGGUUGAUAUGCAAUGGAGAAACGUCUAUUGAAGUGUACAUCAAUAAAAAGAACAGAAAGAAAGCAAAACAGGAGGGCAAAAAAUACGUCAAUCCUUAUAAUUAUGGUCUUAUACGUAAUUGCAAGAUGGUGUUUGGUCUUGGUCGUUCAAGGGGAUUAUUGUCUAUUUUGUUGCCAUCAUCACAUCCGCCACAUGGCGAUGGUGUUACCUGGCCACUGCGGGAACUUCCCAAUGCAGAAAAUAGUUAUGCUGUGAAUAACGACAAAGCUAUAUUCAUGGCAUGAAGUGAACGAUCAAUAACUGAACUAGCAAGAUCGUCUAAGGUCUGACAAAGAAAUGUAUCAUUUAUGCAUGACAUUUAUGCGUUCGAAUGGUAUUGAAAUCACAACGAAAAAGAACGAUCCAGUUGAACAAAUGGAAAGAUUAUAGACAACACGUGAUUUGUCCAUUUCAGUGUGUUUGUUUCGACUCCAUGGAAACGUAAAAGAAAAGUUUGAACAAUACAAAUUUUGAAUUACUCAUUGGACAUCAGAACAGUACAAUGGAUUAUUGAAUUUAUACAAUUUUAAUAAAAAACAUGAAUUUCGUGAUCGAUGUUAUAAA